UAAUUUUUUCCCGCGGUUAAGUUGUGCAUUACGUACGUCAUGAUGACGUACGUAACGCUGACCAAUGGGAUCAGCGUAGCGAUGUGGCAACUCCGCUCACGCUGCUUUAAAGUUAGACGACAUCGGUAUUUAGCCAUCUUGAAUUCUUAUUGGGUUAUGAUAGGUUAGGUUUAUUUAUGUUUGGUCGAUCUUAGUGUUAACGUUUUGUAAUUUGCUCUCAUUGACGCUUAAAAUAAUUUAAAAAGUCAGUCGUUUCCAUUAUUUGACAUUGUUUGUUUAAACACGGUGAGUAGAAUUGGCCGUUUAAUAUUUACCACUUACCAAAACCUUUUACAGCGACUUACAACUUAAAAUUGUGUAGGAAGAUUAUCUGGGAAAAUACGGCACAGAAUAAAUAGUCACAAUGGAAAGUGAAUAUGAGCAAGCUACUUCUACCAAUCUCCCUGUAGUUGAUGAUGUAAUGAUAGAUUUGUAUUAUCGAAGAAAUGUGAAUUUUCUGAUACCAGGUGUUGAAAAUGUGAAAACCGAACGUGGAGCUCGUGCAACUUACGGCGACGAUGCUGUUGGUUAUGUGCAGUUGAGACGACACGAUGAGAUUUGUACUGUCAAAGCUUUGAUUGCACCAGAACAUAAAGUUCGCCUAAAAGGCUAUGAAGUUUCAGUAAGAAUAAAUGAGUCUGAACAAUGCAUAAUUGACUCAAAGUGUUAUGACUGUGCUGCAAGUGAAGGUAUGAAUGAUUUUAUGUUGUAUGAGUGUAUGUAUUACGUCUACUUUUCAGGUGGUUGUAAACAUGGUGUAGCCUUACUGUUCUGGUUAUACAGACGUACCUUGGAGCCUUCAGUGACUUCUGUUGAAUGUUAUUGGAGGAAGUCUACUCUGUCUAAAGUUGGCAGUACUAUAAAAGGGCAAAGAAUGAGAGAGUUGUUUAAUUUUCGGCAAGUUCCUUCUUUACCAACAAAAGGAACGGCAUUUUUGGACAAAGUAAUUUCUACCGCAUUAAAAUCAGAUAGUCAUUCAAUUCUUGCUACAAUGUAUAAGAGUGAAGUGAAUAUUUUGGAGAAAGCUUCGUUGUACCAUUUAUGUCUUUCUUAUAAAAAAACGACUGAUGCACCAAAUGCAGAAGACUUCAUAUCGUUUUGCCAAAAUAAUUUAAAUAGUGAAAUUUGCAAAAGUAUAGAUACUUUAACAAUAUUGCAGUCACAAUCUAAAGCCUGGUUUGAUGUUAGAUAUGCGAGAAUAACAGCUUCAAAGCUGCAUGAAGUUGCUCACUGCAAAACUGUUGAUGGAGCUACAACUGCUGCAGUUCUGACAGCAUCAAAAUUUAGAGGAACAAAGGCCAUGAAAAGAGGCCUUAACCUUGAAGAAGAUGUCUUAAAAGUCAUAGCUGAGGAGAAAAAUAUUAAAUUAGAAAGAGUAGGAAUGACCAUAAAUCAUAUGUACCCAAUAUUUGGUGCCUCGGCAGAUGCAAUGUCUGAUAAAUAUUGCGUUGAAAUAAAAUGUCCAAUAAAGACAAAUACUGUAAAAAAUUACAUUACGCCAGAGGGUGAAAUAACUCCUAAACCAUAUGCACAACUGCAGCUGCAAAUGUUUCUUAGUAAAAAACAAUGGGGUUUAUUUUGCGUUGCAUCUCCAUCUUUUGAAACGGACAGAAAUGUGACUAUAAAGGAAAUUCCUUUGGAUGAAAAUUUUUGUCACAAUGUAAUGGAGCAGGCACAAGCUUUUUGGAAAAAAGCGAUUUUUCCAAUUUUAAUUAACUGAUGUUUUCAAUAAUUAUACUUAUUUAUUUCAUAA